AUGCCUUUGCUCUACUUUCAGAAUGCUUCACCAGCAAGGAUGUCUCCAGCCCGGACAGCCCCAGCCCGGGCAUCACCUCCCAGGUCAUCGUCUGCAAGGUCAUCAUCUACAAGAUCAUCGUCUACCAGGUCGGCCUCCACAACAUCCUCUCCAACAAGAGUGUACCUUGUUAGAGCAACACCAGUGGGGGCCGUACCUGUCCGGGCAUCUCCUGCCACGUCAGCACCAGCCACCAGAGCCACCAAUGAGAGCUCAAAUGUCAGCUUGCCCAAGUUCACCUGGCAGCAGGGACAGAAGCGGCUGCCUCUCAUUGGAUGUAUUCUCCUCCUCAUUGCCCUCGUGGCAUCGCUCAUCAUUCUCUUCCACUUCUGGCGGGGCCACACAAGGAUCAAGUACAAGGAGCCUGUAGAGAGCUGCCCCAUGCAUUCCGUGCGCUGCGAUGGGGUGGCAGACUGCAAGCUGAAGAGUGACGAGCUGGGCUGUGUGAGGUUUGACUGGGACAAGUCUUUGCUUAAAGUCUAUUCUGGAUCAUCCCAUCAGUGGAAUCCUGUCUGCAGUGACAGCUGGAACAACUCCUACUCAGUGAAGACCUGCCAGCAGCUGGGUUUUGAGAGUGCUUAUCGAACAACUGAGGUGGCCCAUAGGGAUUUUGCCAGCAGUUUCUCAAUCUCUGAAUACAACUCCACCAUCCAGAAAAGCCUCUACAGGUCAGAAUGCCCUUCCCAGCGGUAUAUCUCUCUCCAAUGUUCCCACUGUGGCCUGAGGGCCAUGACGGGGCGGAUCGUGGGAGGGGCACUGGCCCCAGAGAGCAAGUGGCCUUGGCAAGUCAGUCUGCACUACGGCACCACCCACAUUUGUGGGGGCACGCUGAUCGACGCCCAGUGGGUGCUCACUGCUGCCCAUUGCUUCUUUGUGACCCGGGAGAAGAUCCUGGAGGGCUGGAAGGUGUAUGCAGGUACUAACAACCUGAACCAGCUGCCUGAGGCAGCCUCUAUUUCCCAGAUCAUCAUCAAUGGCAAUUACACUGAUGAGCAAGAUGACUAUGACAUUGCCCUCAUAAGGCUCUCCAAGCCCCUGACUCUGUCUGCUCAUAUCCACCCUGCCUGCCUUCCUAUGCAUGGACAGACCUUCAACCUCAAUGAGACCUGCUGGAUCACAGGCUUUGGCAAGACCAGGGAGACAGAUGAGAAGACAUCCCCCUUCCUCCGGGAGGUGCAGGUCAACCUCAUCGACUUCAGGAAGUGCAAUGGCUACUUGGUCUAUGACAGUUACCUUACCCCAAGGAUGAUGUGUGCUGGAGACCUUCAGGGAGGCAGAGACUCCUGCCAGGGAGACAGUGGGGGGCCCCUGGUCUGCGAGCAGAACAAGCGCUGGUACCUGGCAGGAGUCACCAGCUGGGGCACAGGCUGUGGCCAGAGAAACAAACCCGGCGUGUACACCAAAGUGACAGAACUCCUGCCCUGGAUAUACAGCAAGAUGGAGAAUGAGGUGCGCUUCCGGAAAUCUUAA